CAUUUUUUCUUUCUUCUUCCUUGCUUUCUUGGUCCCUCCCACAGAUACCCGUAGGUGAGAAAGCAGCGGCAUCCACAGCACAGAAGGAACAAUCUCCAACAAGAUAAUAGUCCAACAAGGAAGGCAUAAUCUGAACAGUUAGUUUUCCAGGAUGCCCAAAGUAGACGAGGAACCAGUGCCUGCUGCCUCAGACGGGGAGAAUGAAACGGCCAAGAAAAUGAACAAGAACCAAAAGAAGAAAAAGAAAAAGAGGGACAAGAAAAAAGCGGAAAAGCUUCAAACGAAGGACGACCAAGGAAAAUCGAAAGAUAGUGUUGUCACAAAGCAAGAAGAAAUUGCGGCAAAGGAAGCCAAGGAAGAAUCCAAGGCGGACAAGACGGACAGCUCCGAAAAUGAAAAAAUGGACCCAAUGGAAGUCUCCCACGGAAAACUAGAGCCAACAGAAGAAGUGGCUGAUGGCAAAGAGGAGAAAAUGGACUCCAAGGAAAACAAAAAGCAGAAACCAGAAGCAGAGGCUAAGGAUGAGUCGGACAAUGAGGAAACCAAGGAAGAAGCAGAGGUCGAGGGUUCCGCUGUGUUGACGGAAACCACAUUUUCAUCUCUGGGAGUGUGCGAACCGCUGGUCAAAGCAUGCAACAUUUCUGGGUGGAAAACGGCAACUCGCAUCCAAGAGGAAGUCUUACCAUAUGCCUUGAAGGGACGGGAUGUUAUUGGGUUGGCUGAAACAGGAAGUGGAAAGACAGGCGCCUUUUGUCUCCCUUUAUUGCAAGACCUUCUCGACAAUCCCAUUCGUGGAGCUGUCUUUGGUCUCAUCUUAACACCCACGAGGGAGCUGGCUUUUCAGAUCCAUCAAGUUUUGCAAGCUUUGUCAGGAACCAUUGGUGCGACGAGUCUCUGCAUUGUGGGUGGUGUCGAUAAGACUUCCCAGAGCAUUGCCUUGGCACGGGCACCUCAUGUUAUUAUUGCUACUCCGGGACGUUUGAUUGAUCAUCUGGAGAAUACAAAAGGAUUUCAUUUGCGCAAACUGCGAUAUCUAGUAUUGGAUGAGGCAGAUCGGAUGCUCUCGUUGGAUUUUGAGGAAGAACUGAACAAAAUUCUAGAUGUCAUUCCUGAGGACCGUCGGACCCUUCUCUUUUCAGCCACCAUGACGUCCAAGGUGCAAAAACUCCAACGCGCAUCACUGACAAAUCCUGUCAAGUUGGAAGUCAGCACGAAAUUCCAAACACCGAAACAACUGCUACAGAGCUAUCUCUUUAUCCCUGCCAAGUACAAGGACUGCUACUUGACAUGGUUGAUUCACGAACAUGCUGGAAAGUCUAUCCUUGUGUUUGGAGCAACGUGCAACAAUGUGGAACGAUUGGCACUCAUGCUACGUAACUUGGGAUUCGCCGCCAUUUGCUUGCACGGGCAAAUGACGCAACCAAAACGGUUGGGAGCUCUUCAAAAGUUCCAGUCCGGUGAUCGCGAGAUUCUAAUCUGUACCGAUGUGGCUAGUAGAGGUUUGGAUAUUCCUUCUGUGGAUGUGGUCAUUAACUUUGACUUGCCAGGUCACGGCAAAGACUACAUUCACAGAGUCGGCCGAACAGCCAGGGCAGGACGAUCCGGAAAAGCCAUUGCCUUGGUCACUCAGUACGAUGUGGAAGUCUACAUGAGACUGGAAGCUCUGCUGGGUCGCAAGCUGGCUGAAUACAAACUCGACGAAGAGACCGUGUUGGUGCUGUUGGAACGAGUCAACGAAGCCCAACGCAUGGCUACGCGAGAACUAAAAGAACAAUUGGCAUCCCGCAAGGACAGUGGUGGACGUCGCAAGCAUCGACGCAGCAGUGAUGACGACGUGGAUGGUGGCGAAGAAAAUGGAUUGCAGGGUAUUAUUGAAAAGGAACUCCGAAAGGGCUAUGCCGGAGGCAGUGGGGGACGAGGUGGAGCUCUGCCCAACCAACGCGGAUAUUCUGGCAAGGGUGGUGGUAAGAAGAAGCAACGAAGAUAGCAUUUGAGAUUUUUAUAGAGGCAUGUAUGAUGUAACUGUAGAUCUUGCUUUGCUUUG